ACAAAAAAUGAUCAUACUAUGAGUCAAUAGAGCUACAUGGAAAUUUAGUUACUUUUAAAAAAAUGAAACAUUAUAAACAAAAAUUUGUCUUCUGUAACUAAACCAUUUUUUUAUUCACAAUGUUAGUGACUCGAUGCCAAAAUCCAUACUCCACCACUACAAGCGCAGUUUCAGUGGUUUUGUGGCAAAAUUAACAAAAGAAGAAGCCAAUAGAAUGGCUGGACUUCCUGGGAUGGUAUCUGUUUUUCCCAAUGAAAAGAGUCACCUCCUUACAACUAGAUCAUGGGAUUUCAUUGGCUUUCCACAAUAUGUGGAAAGAGAAAACUCUGAAAGUGACGUUAUUGUUGGGGUGAUCGAUUCUGGAAUUUGGCCAGAAUCUUCUAGCUUCAAUGAUAAAGGUCUCAGUCCACCACCCGCUAAAUGGAAGGGCACAUGCGAAACUGCUUCAAAUUUUACCUGCAACAACAAAAUAAUUGGAGCCAGAUGUUAUUUACCCCCUCUGGAUGAUCCCUUGAGCCUAACAGAUAUUGAAUCUCCUAGAGAUUCAAUUGGCCAUGGGACUCAUACAGCAUCAACUGCAGCAGGGAACCCGGUUAGCCAGGCAAGCAUGCUAGGCUUUGCACAAGGAACAGCAAGAGGUGGUGCUCCCUCAGCUCGCAUUGCUGUCUACAAAGCAUGUUGGUCUAGUGGUUGCAAUGAUGCAAAUAUUCUUGCUGCAUUUGACGAUGCUAUUGCUGAUGGGGUCGAUAUAUUGUCUGUCUCAAUUGGAAAAGAUUCAGAAAACAAUGUAUAUUUUAGAGAUGCAUUGUCCAUUGGAUCAUUUCAUGCUAUGAGACAUGGAAUUCUAACGGUACUUUCAGCUGGAAACAAAGGUCCACAACCUAAAUCCUUACAAAAUUUUCAACCUUGGACAAUUGUUGUGGCUGCUAGCACCUUAGAUAGAAAGUUUGUCACAGAGGUCAAAUUAGGGGACAAUAGAACUUAUGAGGGUAUUUCUUUGAACACAUUUGACCUUCAAGGAAAACUAUAUCCUAUAAUUUUUGGUGGAGAUGCAACUAAAGCAGGAGUCGGUAAACACUUAUCGAGGAAUUGCUCAAUAAAUUCGUUGGAUGAUAAGUUGGUGAAGGAUAAGAUUGUUCUAUGUGAAGGAGGACUAGGAGCCCCAGAGGCCUCUAGAGCAGGAGCUGUGGGUGUUUUGAUACAAGGUCAAACUUCCAUAGAUAUUGCAUUCCCUUUUCCCUUGCCUGCUUGCUACCUUCGAUCAAAUGAUGCCACCAAAAUACAUAAAUACAUACGAACUACAAGGUUUCCAACUGCAACAAUAUUUAAGUCUAAUGAAAUAAAAGAUACUUUGGCACCUGUGGUUGCCUCUUUCUCUGCUAGGGGUCCAAACAAUGCGACACCCGAGAUUCUGAAGCCGGACUUAAUUGCUCCUGGAGUGGACAUUAUAGCUAGUUGGUCUCCAAUUUCUUCAAUUACUGAUGUUCCGGGUGAUAACAGAAAAUUGGAGUUCAACAUUGUAUCAGGAACGUCAAUGUCGUGUCCACAUGUGUCUGGUGCAGCAGCCUAUAUCAAAUCAUUUCAUCCGACAUGGUCACCUGCUGCUAUCCGUUCAGCUCUAAUGACAACGGCUAAACAGAUGAGUCCAGAAAAUCACCGUGAUGCAGAAUUUGCGUAUGGAGCUGGUCAAAUUGAUCCUGUCAAGGCUAUAAAUCCUGGGCUAAUAUAUGAGGCUAGUGAAAUUGACUACAUAAGAUUUUUAUGUGGACAAGGGAUCAAUGAGACGGCUUUACAAUUAAUCACGGAGGAAAAAGAUAGUUGCUCUAAGACUAUAACGAUAAGGGAUUUAAAUUAUCCUUCAUUUGCCAUUAAAGCUCCACGUCCAAAACAUCGUGUAAGUGGAAGCUUUAAAAGAAUUGUUACAAAUGUUGGAUUGCCCAUGUCUACAUAUAGAGCAAUUGUGACAACUCCAAAAGGACUCAAUAUUUCUGUAAGGCCCAAUGUUUUGCAAUUCACAUCACAUGGAGAAAAUCAGGCAUAUGUUCUCACAAUAGAAGGAGCAUUAAAGGAGUCUAUUGGGUCAGCAUCUUUGAUAUGGGAUGAUGGUAAUAUUCAAGUGAGGAGUCCAAUAAUUAUUUUUGAUGAAAGAGCAGAAAAAGACACAGGUGUCAAUUUAUGUUGUAAAAAUUUCAUCUAUGUUGUAAUUUUUAAUUUGCUAUUUUAUAUUAUUAUUAUUGAAUAAAUUGUAUACUUUUUU